AAGUGCAGCUGUGGAUUUCUCUGACUUCUCUUUUACUUGGGAGAAGAAACCUGUCACUUGGGUGAAGCUGCACAAUUCGCAUGGCCAACAUGAAGCCACGCAGUGAGGAUGAGGAUGACGAGCGUCAGUCUAAAGACACCGACACAGAACCCAAGAAUUCAAAAAAGAUGCACAGCAAAGUGAAAUGGUCCCGAGAAGAGGAUGAGAGACUCAAGAAGCUUGUUGAGCAACAUGGCCCCGAUGCAUGGAGAUUAAUCGCUAAUUAUUUCCCAACAAGGACAGAUGGCCAGUGUCAACACCGCUGGCAGAAAGUUCUCAACCCAGAGCUGGUGAAAGGGCCCUGGACAAAAGAGGAGGAUCAGAGGGUGAUAGAACUGGUGCACAAAUAUGGCCCAAAGCGGUGGUCCGUCAUCGCUAAGCACCUACAGGGCCGCAUUGGCAAGCAGUGUCGAGAGCGCUGGCACAACCACCUCAACCCUGAGGUGAAGAAGUCCUCCUGGACCCAGGAAGAGGAUCGCAUUAUCUAUGAGGCACACAAACGGCUUGGUAACCGCUGGGCUGAGAUCUCAAAGCUGCUGCCUGGAAGGACAGACAAUUCUAUCAAAAACCACUGGAACUCCACCAUGCGCAGGAAGGUGGAGCAGGAAGGUUACCUGCAGGACGGCAACAGGAGCUUCAGCGCUGAUCAGCCUCAGAAGAGACGCCAUAAAGACUGUCGAUAUGGGGAGCACUCGCACGGUCACAGCCAUCUGCUCGUGAACAGCCAGUCACAGGUUGCAGGAUACAUGUACGGCUCUGUGAGUGGACAGGGUGUGGACAGCAUCACAAAGAGCUCAAGCUUCAUGUUGCCGUGCCAUGAAGAUCCUGACAAAGAGCAGCGAAUUAAGGAGCUUGAGCUGCUCCUUAUGUCAGCUGAGAAUGAAGUCAGAAGACAGUCCGGUCCUCGUAACCCAGAGAGCUACUCAAGCUGGUCAGACAGUCUGGUGGAUGAUACCAUAAGCACCACGGGGACUUCUGAAGAGUCGGGUGUCGAGCUGGGUGGAACGGAGAAGGGCCGUGCGCCUUCUGUACCACUGCACGUCUCUCCCAGCAAAUUCCUAGCAGUGGAAGCCAGCGCUGUGCUCUCGAGUCUGCAGACCAUUCCUGAGUUUGCCGAAACGAUAGAUCUCAUCGACUCGGAGCCUAUGGUCUGGAAUGAGGUGGGAAGUUUUGACCUACCUGAGCCUGUCAGUCCUCCUAAACCUCCUGUCCUUGAUGACGCGUACCCAGCUCAAGCUGAUGGUACAGAGGAUGUUGGAUACCACACUCCUGCCCCUGCUCUGUCCAGGCCCUGCAUCGGAAUGAGCCAGGGGAAACCCGUUUCUCACAGCACUUGCACUGAUGGCAAAUUCAACUCCCCUCUGCUGUCCCUGCCAAGCAAGAAGACAAGAGAGAGAGCAGACCAGUCACUCAGUGACGACGCAAACUGCGGCUCAUUUACAGACAGCACCAGGAGCUCACUGAAAAGCACACCGGUUAAAGGACUUCCGUUCUCACCCUCUCAGUUCUUCAACAUACCUGGGGCUGAGAAUUUGAACCUGGACAAUCCUACACUAACAUCCACUCCAGUGUGUACACAGAAGAACUUCUCCAGCACACCUCAGCAGAGAGAAACCACACCCAAACAUCAGAAGGAGAAUGCUGGUUUCAGAACGCCCAAAGUUCGCAAGUCCAUAAUGGCCCACACUCCGAGGACACCCACUCCGUUCAAAAAUGCCCUGGCUGCCCAGGAAAAGAUGCAUGGACCCUUAAGAAUGGUGCCUCAGCCUUUGGCUUUCCUAGAGGAGGACAUUAGGGAAGUGUUGAAGGAGGAGAUAGGGACAGAUAUCUUCAUUCAUGGACAGCCUGAACAAAGAGCGUAUGAGGUGGAUGCUCCUGCCAGGAAAGUGAGGAAGUCCUUGCUGUUGGACAGUUGGGGGAAAGACUGUCUCAGUGUGCAACUGUUUCCUCAGCAGCAGAUCAGCAGUAGCACACAGUCUCAUAACGAUGGCAUGUUGAGCAGCACGAUUCUGAUGACCCCUCUGACAGAAGAAGAGAAGGAACUCACCUGCUCCCCAGGCCCACUGAAAAUGGACUCUCAACUUCCCAUCUGCCCUCUCAGCCCUCAGGCAAAAAAGGAGCUAACUACACAACGAAGCCCAGUCUACCAAGCCUCCACACAGGUGAACAAUGAAUGGGAGGCAGUGGUGUUUGGGAAGACACAGGACCAGCUAAUCAUGACGGAGCAAGCAAGGCACUACCUGAACUCCUCCCAGCUGCCGUCGUGCACCUCCAGAGCUCUGGUCCUGUGAGCUCCAGAGCUCCUCUCUGCUCCUUACAGCAGCCCCCUCAUUCCUCGCACUUCACUUUUAGACAAUCUGGUGUAGGAAACUAAACAUUCACCUUUUUUGUACACGUGCUUAAGACUUAGUGUAUUACAAAGUAUUUUAACCCACAAAGAGGCGCAUUUAUUAGUUUUUUUUUUAUAAACUAAAAGAACGCAACCAGUCUUCCUUUUAAGAUUACACUUUUGUGAUGACCGUUCUAGAUUUGUUGAUCUAGCAUAAGGUGAUCUAGCAUUGGCCGUCUCUUGUAACUUUUAGCCGUACACAGUGUGGAGUAUUAGAAGAACGCAAGAAGAUCUUUUUUUGCCUCAGUUGUUGGUUACUGAAAUGUAGAGAGAACGAAUUUCACAUUACUGAGCAUUUUCUGUCUUGCUCAAGUCAUGUCAGUUCCAGACAACUCAGGAAAUUCCAAAGAAAACGAUUUUUGGUGGAGUUCAUCGAUGAAAAAAAAGAAAAGAGACAACACAAGUUACUCCUUUGGGAUUUUUUAACAUGUUGCUUUUUAGAGGAUCUUUUUUAAAACAAAAAAUGGUGUCUUAAGGAUUGAAGAGCACUAGCAGUGUUGCACUACUGAUUGUGGGUAACUGUAAAGGGGAGGGGCUUGAAGCAUGUUUAGGAGGAACUGGAUAGCACUUGCAAUGUGACUGUUUUGGCUUAAACCAUAAUAAGGGUUCUGCUCCAUGGUUUUGUUGAGUUUGACACUCACUGAAUGUAUCGUACAGCAUUUAACUGCUAAAGUAGCGUCGAAUGGAAGGGUACCUCUUUUUUAUGUUUUUUUUUUUCUUUUUCUAAUUUAUUCAUUGCUGUAAUUCGAGUUGUUGAGAUGUUUAUUGAGCACCUGGACUGUCUAGUUUUGAAACAGACCCACCUUUCGCUGACAGACACAGCAGUGACUGCAGCCUAAAAACAAAUCCAACAACUUGGAUCCUAGCUGCUUUAGUUUUCAACCUGUCAGAAGUCAUGUUUGGUACUGAUUUUUAAUAUGCAGUCUCACACAAGUAACACAGUUCCAAGACGAGAUGGAUUUCUUCAUCAUUUAGGGCUGUAGGUUCUAUUUAUUAAAUCUUUACUAAUUUAUUUAUUUCAAAGCUAUAAAGAGAAUUUUAUUUCUGUUGUAUUAAAAAACAAUAUUUGGCUACCUUCCAUCAGAAACAUUUCUAAAAUUAACAACGUACACUGCCACUAAUCAUUCUUUACUAAUUGGUUUCAAUCUAGUAUCAAUUUAGUCAUCUCCAAAGUUCUGUGUGAGUUCAAACAAGUGUAAUUACAAUACCGGUAGCGACCUUCAUCUUCCAACCGCUUGUGUAGGAAAAUUGCACUUUUUAAAUGUUAUUCAAGUGUCUGGGUUUUUUUGUAUUUUUUUUUUGAUAGUGUCUUUUCUUUUCAGGUGUGUGUGUGUGUGUGUGUGUGUGUAAAAUCCCCUGAAGUGUUUACAUUUUGAGUCUUUUUUGUGAUGGUGAUUGAAGUGGCUGAUUUUUUUUUCUUGUGCAAAUGAAACACUGACUGUUAAAUGGACUAAAAUAAGCGUUCCUCUCUCUCACUAAGUAAUUCUGCAGAAGAAAUAUAAGGCUGUGGUGUAGUUGAGAAUCAGAAAAGAAGUGAACGAAGCACAAGCACAAUCCUUUGGAGAUGCAAAACAGUUGUACUGCUUAAAUCUAACUUUGUCUGGUGUUGAAGGUAACUGAGAAAUUUUUAAAGUAGAGUUUGUCAGUGUCGGUGUGUUGUACUGGUCAAUGUGAAAUUAUUCAGUAGGUUUUUAAAGGGUCUACAUGAAGGCAUUAUAAUUAAAACAAGCCUCUGUGAUGUGCCGAGAGCUUUUUAUAAAUCAGUUGGUUAGUCCAACACUAAGACAUCCUGUCCUAUGGGUAGCAUUUUUUUUAAUUUUUAUUUUACUUCUACAAAAAAUGUAUUUUCAAAUCCCAGAGUUGGUUAUUCACCACAUUUCAUAGCAUAAGAUUCAAUAUUGUUUAAUGUAACAGUGCAGGUCACGACAGAGUUGUGAGGCAUGUGUGUACAUUUUUGUCUUGUUUUUAAUGUAGGUGCAAGUUUUUGCAUAUAAAUACUAUUUAACACUCAACCACCUAAUCGUAGAAGUUGAAGGAAAGUAGAUAUAUGUAGCAGUUUAAAAACAAUGCAUGACAGACAGUACAUUCAGCUUAUCUGACAUAUACACAUUUUCACAAGCAAGACGUUUUAAUUCCAACACUAUUUUGCUGAACAUAUAUCGCCUGCCUCUCUGAAUCCUGCCAGUAACUAUUUGUGACCCUUGUACGUAUUGAGGAGGGGAAAAAAAUAAAAUGCUUUG